GCGCGCUCACUCGACGGGAGCGCGCAGGUUUGACAGCAGCAGGAGCGGAGCGGCGGGAUCGCAGCCUCGCGCGGUUUCCAGGUGAGCGGUGGGAGUGAGCCCUGCCCCCCGCCCCCACCCACACCCCAGUCGCGUUCAGGUCGGGUCGUCCUGCUCAUACUCAGGUGCAGAGAUGCAGGUGAAGCUCCUUCUGCUGCUCCUCUGCCUCUCUCCGGGAUCCUGCAAGAAGGUGUGCGUCUGCAGCGGGAAGUCUGAGUGUCACUGCCAUGAGGUCAAAGGCCAGAAGGGAGAGCCUGGUUACCCGGGAUACCCCGGACUUCCUGGAAGGACCGGUCACCCUGGGAACGAGGGGGAGGAGGGCCUUUCUGGAGAAAAGGGAAACUCAGGAGUUCCUGGAAGUCCAGGACCUAAAGGAUCUCGGGGUCUUCCAGGACAGCCAGGAUUUCCAGGACUUCCAGGACUGCCGGGAAUUCCAGGAAAACAAGGACCAUUGGGGAAAACGGGCUUCCCAGGAUGCAAUGGGACAAAGGGGGAUCCGGGUUAUCCAGGGUUUCCUGGACUUCGGGGACCCACCGGUCCACAGGGGCUCCAGGGGGCGCAGGGGAUGAAGGGAGAAUCGUUUGUCAACCCAAAUCUUCCACCAAUUCAAGGAGAACCAGGACCCCCAGGACCAGCUGGAGAAAAGGGACGCAGAGGAGAUUUCGGUUACUUAGGCCUACCAGGUUCACUAGGACCCCCCGGCCAACAGGGGUUUCCUGGGCUGCCAGGUGUACCCGGAGAGAAGGGACUAGAAGGAGCCAGCCCAAUGAGUCCAGGUCCUCAGGGACAGAAGGGCGAUCAAGGACCUCCAGGACUUCCUGGAAAAAGAGGAAUCAAGCUGUAUGCUGAGGGGCCCAAAGAGCUGAAGGGAGAACCAGGUGAAGAAGGACAGAAAGGUUCUCCUGGACCGCCUGGACCUCCAGGAAAUCCGGGGUUGAAAGGUCAGAAGGGCGAUGUGGGAUACCAAGGCUCACUGGGUAAACCCGGGAAGAUCGGAUUCCCUGGACCCUUCGGGCUGCAGGGAUUUCCUGGGGAUCCAGGGGUUCGGGGUCCUGAAGGGACCGAUGGAGUGCUGGGAGAUAAAGGCGACCGUGGUCUUCCGGGUCUUCCUGGAGAUGUGGUCUACAACUACAGAUCUGUGCAGGGCCAGCGGGGUUUGCCGGGACCUCCAGGACCCAAAGGACGUCCUGGAAGACCAGGUCUUUUGGGUUUUCCAGGGAUGAAAGGCGAGCCAGGUGACGUCCUUGAUGGUUCUACUGGCUUCCGUGGGGCUCCUGGUUCGUCUGGACUCGAGGGGGACAAAGGAGAGCCAGGACCAUAUAUCAGUGGACCCCCAGGAAAGAGUGGGAACCCUGGAGGACCUGGACCCGAGGGAGAGCCUGGAGAGCCCGGACUACCAUAUUUCUUGGAUGGAGGAAGUGGCCCUCCAGGAGACAAAGGCUUCAAAGGCCAGACUGGACCUCUGGGGCUUGAAGGAGAAAUGGGGGAGAAGGGUGAGAUGGGGGAGGUGUGCUUCCUUUGUCCCCUACUCUCUGGACCCCCUGGACCUCCAGGUGAACGUGGUCCGACAGGUGAAAAGGGAGAACCAGGUGAACUUGGUGAAUCAGGACCGAAAGGGUACAAAGGUGUGAAGGGAAUGAGAGGAAGGCCUGGUCGAAAGGGCCUCUAUGGUAUUCCAGGAGUCCCAGGACCUUCAGGUGAGCCAGGUGAGCCAGGAGUCAUGCAGAGGGUGGGGCAGAAAGGUGAGGAAGGGUCUCCGGGACAGCCGGGACUACCAGGACCUAGGGGAAAGCCUGGACCUUCAGGCAGACCAGGACCAAGAGGUGAAGACGGAGAAAAAGGAAAUCCUGGGCCACCAGGUCCAAAAGGUAAUACUGGACUACAAGGAGAAGCUGGACCUCGAGGCCAAAGAGGGCAAAUGGGCCCUCCUGGCCUGCCUGGCAUUGGGAGUUUGGGACCUCCUGGACCUCCAGGUGAUGCUGGGUUUCUAGGAGAGCCAGGAGAACAAGGACCUCCAGGUGAAAAAGGGAAUUCCGUGAGAGUGGUUCAGCUUAAGGGAAAUAAAGGUCAGAAAGGAGAAAAAGGAAUUUCUGGGAUUCCUGGACCCCAAGGGGCCAUCGGUCCGACAGGUUCUCCAGGAUUUGUUGGUUCAAAGGGGGAAAGGGGAAAUGAAGGAUUUUCCAUUCCGGGACGUCAAGGUUUCCCAGGAAUAAAAGGAGACAAAGGGAUUCCAGGAAAUCCAGGUCCUUACAGUGUUGGUGUCAAAGGUCGUGGAGGGCCAUCAGGUCCUCCUGGAAACAUGGGCCCUAAGGGCAACAGGGGGGUUGGUUUUCGUGGCUUUCCAGGUCAGUUGGGUCCUCGGGGAGAUGAUGGCUUUGUGGGACCCCCAGGAAAUCCCGGACCUCCAGGGCCACCUGGAAUCUCAGGACAAAAAGGACAAGAUGGUCUAGCUGGACCCAGUGGUAAUAAUGGUCUGGAUGGAGAACGUGGUCCUGUUGGCAUACCUGGUUUCUGUUUUCCCGGACCUCCUGGUCUUCAAGGAGAACCAGGACCAUUAGGCUUUGCUGGAUUUGCAGGGGUAAGUGGUGAGAAGGGUUCAAGAGGAGAUCCUGGGCUGCCAACCAGAGGGACCCCAGGGUUACCAGGACCUGAUGGUCCAAAAGGGAUCGAUGGCAAUUCUGGACCUAUAGGAAAUGUUGGACUUGAAGGCGAGAGAGGGCCACGUGGGAAACCAGGGACCCCAGGCAUCAGAGGGGACAAUGGGCCCCCCGGACCACCUGGGGUUCCAGGGGAAGACGGCCCACAGGGGGAACCUGGAGAACCAGGACCAGCAGGUAAUAGUGGUCGCGAUGGUGAACAGGGUCUUCUGGGGCCUAAAGGACCUCGAGGUGACAAAGGAGAGCAAGGACCCAAAGGAGAACUGAGGAACAUAAAUGUCCCUGGAGAACCUGGAGACCCUGGACCCCCAGGUCCUUUAGGCUUCACUGGUCUUAAAGGAGAGAUCGGUCCCCCGGGGCUAAAAGGGCAGAAAGGCAGAGACGGUGAACCUGGACUCCUGGGACUGCGUGGAUUUCCAGGAGACCCGGGUAGGGAUGGAGAGAUGGGACUGACAGGUCAACCUGGACCCGACGGCGACUCUGGACUGAAGGGAAUCCCAGGUCUCAAAGGUGAGAAAGGACCUGUGGGGGCUUGCGGGAGUCCAGGUCCAAAGGGAGACCAGGGUCUAAAUGGUCCUCAAGGCCCCAAGGGUGAACCGAGCCCAGCUGGACCAGGAGCUAAAGGAGAGAGAGGAGACAUGGGUGAUCCAGGAUCUGUGGGACCUCCAGGUGAAAAAGGGGAACCAGGGGCUUUAGGACCCAGAGGACUUCCAGGGGGGUGUGGUCUGUGUGGCUCUAAGGGACCCCCAGGCUAUCCUGGAUGCAGAGGUCCUCCUGGUCCUGCUGGUGAGAGAGGCUGUGAUGGUCCAAAGGGGAGAGAUGCCAGUCCAGGUGUAGGUGGUUUCAAAGGUAGCAGGGGACCUCCUGGAGAACCAGGAGCACCUGGUCUGAGGGGGAAGCAGGGACUUGAUGGGAUACCUGGACCUCCUGGGGAGAAAGGAGUUAUGGGAGAACCAGGCUUUGGACCAUGUGGACCAGAAGGACCGAAGGGUCCUCCUGGCCCUGAAGGGGACAGGGGUCCUCCUGGUUUCUGUGGUCCUCCAGGCCCCAGUGGUCCUGUUGGAGACCCCGGUUUUCUUGGGUUUCCCGGGGUAGAUGGUCGUCAAGGGUGUCAAGGACCAAAGGGAGAGUGUUUUCUAGGACUAAAAGGAGAUCAGGGAUUUUCUGGACCACAAGGACCCAGAGGCCGACUUGGCUCACGAGGACCUCCUGGCGAGCCAGGUCUUGGUUUUAAAGGAGACAAAGGAUCUCAAGGGCAAAUGGGUCUUCGGGGGCGCCCUGGUCCUACUGGUGAGGAUGGUCCAGAGGGUGCUAAGGGUGGACAAGGAUGUCGGGGGCCUCCUGGAGAGAGAGGUUCAAGAGGAGCGAUUGGCCACAAAGGACCUCCUGGUUUGAAGGGUACGUCUGGACCAUCAGGUAUCAGAGGUUCACAAGGACCCCCUGGAGAAAAGGGGAUGCCAGGAGAAAGAGGGAGAGAUGUUAUCCACUCGGUCAUACUGCUGCCCGGUGACCAGGGUCCUCCUGGAUAUCCCGGAGAGAAAGGAUCGAGAGGGCCCCCGGGGGCCGCAGGAUUGCCUGGACUUAUGGGAAUAUUCGGGCGCAAAGGUGAAGAAGGUCAAAAAGGGCGGCGUGGAAGUAUUGGACCGAAAGGGCAGCCAGGAGCCUCCGGAAUACCGGGCCAGACAGGUAUUAAAGGAAAUAAAGGUUCACCUGGAAGGAAAGGCCCUCCAGGUGCACCCAAUGGAAACUGUGAUUUGAAGAGUGCCUUCCUCUUCACCAGACACAGCCAGACAGUGUCUGUCCCGCAGUGUCCUCAAGGCUCCACCAAAAUCUACGACGGAUACUCGCUGCUCUUCGUCAAUGGCAACAACCGAGCUCACGGACAAGACCUGGGAACGUUGGGCAGCUGCCUGAAGCAGUUCAGCACCAUGCCCUUCCUGAUCUGCACCACCGACCGCACCUGUCGCUACGCAUCACGCAACGACUACUCCUACUGGCUCUCCGCCGACAGCCAGCUGGGCAGCAAGAGCAUCAUGUCUGAGGACACCCUGCGGCGCUACAUCAGCCGGUGUGCCGUCUGUGAGGCCAAAGCUAAUGUGAUCGCCGUCCACAGUCAGACCAGAGACAUCCCAGAAUGCCCUAGGAGGUGGAGGGCGCUGUGGACCGGGUACUCCUUUGUGAUGGAGACCGGUGCGGGGGCGGAGGGCUCGGGUCAGCCCCUGGUUUCCCCCGGAUCCUGUCUGGAGAGUUUCCGGAGGGUUCCCUUCAUCGAGUGUCAUGACCGAGGAACCUGCAGCUACUACAGCGACAGCUACAGCUACUGGCUGGCUGCGCUCAGGCCUAACAGCAUGUUCAGCAAACCCAGCCCCUGGAACGACUCGGGAGGCCAGACCCAGGAGAUGAUCAGCCGCUGCCGGGUCUGCUUGAAGGAACCAUAGAGGGCCGACCCCCUCCCCCUCCCUCAGGAACCAGGACACAUGAGCCUCCAUCCUGGGUCUGCAGACGUCGAGUGUUCUGGACGGACCGAGCACAGGUCUGACGGCAGAAGCUCAGAUCCACACUGAGUUUGGACUUUAGGAGACCCGGUACCACAGAGAAGGGUUCUGAUUUCUGGAUCAAACCUGUUUGCUGAUGACAUCACUUUGUUCUGUCUGGAUUCAGACACAUGAGGACAAGCAAAAGUCCAAAAAGUUGUAGUUAACCCAUAAGAAUCCAAACCUGUUUCCUUCAAAAUAAAAGGAAGUGAAUCAAGGUGACCUCAGAACACAUUUCUGAUGUUUCUCUGCUGUCAUCGUGGCUUCAGAAGGAACGUAAACAUUUAAAAAAGACAUUUUAGGAAUUAUUUUUUAUGAGAAUCUGAACUGUGAGUCAGACGUUGACAUAUUUCUAUGUUUGUUUCAUAUUUAUUAUCCUGUGUAGAAGCUACUGCGCCUCAAACCCGGUCCUGCAGAAGACCAGGGAAUUUUCUGGAAAGAUUUCUACAAAGAAACCAAAGAAUUCUCCGAUCAUUUAUGAAAAGAUGCAUGAAAGCCACCAGAGUUCUGCUGAGAACGUCUGAAAACUGUUUGCAGUAAAAUCAAUAAAAAUAUUUUAGUGAAA